GGGAGCGCCACUUCCACCGCUCGGCCCAGGCCCAGGCCCAGGCCCUGCGCAGAGCGGAGCGGAGCAGCGUCCACCCGGGCCCAGCGAGCCGGCGAGGCGGGGGCGGGCCCAGGAUCUUCGGCGAAUCCUCUAUUCUCUAGGGCGGGAGCGGGAGCGGGAACCCGGGCGCCCCUGAUCCGUCUGGGCCCGCUCCCAUGGCGAGCGCGGCCUGCCCGGGGCCCGGGGACCCUGCCAUGUGAGGCAGGCCCCGGCCUGGGGGGCCCGGCCAUGGCCGGGGAACGGCCCCCACUACGGGGCGCUGGGCCCGGGCCUGGAGAGGCGCCGGGGGAGGGGCCCCCGGGGCCGGGGGGCGCAGGAGGAGGCCCGGGCCGGGGCCGCCCCUCCUCCUACCGGGCUCUCCGCAGCGCCGUGUCCAGCCUGGCACGCGUGGACGAUUUCCACUGCGCCGAGAAGAUCGGGGCCGGCUUCUUCUCUGAGGUCUACAAGGUUCGGCACCGACAGUCGGGGCAAGUCAUGGUGCUGAAAAUGAACAGGCUCCCCAGUAACCGGGGAAACACGCUACGGGAGGUGCAGCUGAUGAACCGGCUUCGGCACCCCAACAUCCUAAGGUUCAUGGGGGUCUGCGUGCACCAAGGGCAGCUGCACGCUCUUACAGAGUAUAUGAACGGGGGGACCCUGGAACAGCUGCUCAGCUCCCCCGAGCCCCUAUCCUGGCCUGUCAGGCUCCGCCUGGCUUUGGACAUCGCCCGUGGCCUGCGGUACCUGCAUGCCAAAGGGGUAUUCCACCGAGACCUCACAUCCAAGAACUGUCUGAUCCGACGGGAAGACCGAGGCUUCACAGCUGUUGUGGGUGACUUCGGGCUGGCUGAAAAGAUUCCUGUGUAUAGGGAAGGGGCAAGGAAGGAGCCAUUGGCUGUGGUGGGUUCCCCAUACUGGAUGGCUCCUGAGGUAUUGCGAGGCGAGCUGUAUGAUGAGAAGGCUGAUGUCUUUGCCUUUGGGAUUGUCCUCUGUGAGCUCAUCGCACGAGUACCUGCAGACCCUGACUACCUACCCCGGACGGAGGACUUUGGGCUGGAUGUGCCUGCUUUCAGGGCCCUGGUAGGGGGCGACUGCCCAUUGCCUUUCCUGCUCCUGGCCAUCCACUGCUGCAGUAUGGAACCUCGCACUCGCGCUCCCUUCACUGAAAUCACCCAGCACCUGGAGUGGAUCCUGGAGCAGCUGCCUGAGCCAGCCUCCCUCCCCCGGGUCCCCAUGACACGCGGUCAGGGAUCUGUUCCAAGAGGGGGUCCCUCUGCCACACUCCCCAGGCCAGACCCCCGGCUCUCCCGAAGCCGGUCAGACCUCUUCCUACCCCCAUCGCCAGAAUCACCCCCCAACUGGGGGGACAGUCUGACUCGAGUCAACCCCUUUUCACUACGGGAAGACCUCAGAGGUGGCAAGAUCAAGCUCCUGGACACGCCCAGCAAGCCAGUCGCCCCUCUACCCCUUGUACCACCAUCGCUACUGCCCUCCACCCAGCUGCCCCUGGUGACCACUCCAGAGACCUUGGGCCAGCCUGGGACACCUGUCCGCCGCUGCCGCUCACUACCGUCAUCCCCUGAGCUUCCCCGACGGAUGGAGACAGCACUGCCGGGUCCUGGCCCUCCUGCUGUGGGCCCCUCAGCCGAAGAGCAGAUGGAGUGUGAGGGCAGCAGCCCUGAGCCGGAACCCCCAAGACCAGCCCCGCAGCUGCCCCUGGCCGUGGCCGUGGCCACAGACAACUUCAUCAGCACCUGUUCUUCGGCCUCCCAGCCCUGGUCCCCUAGAUCAGGACCUCCCCUUAACAACAACCCCCCGGCCGUGGUGGUGAACUCCCCGCAAGGCUGGGCAGGGGAGCCCUGGAACCGGGCCCAGCAUAGUCUGCCCCGCGCAGCAGCCCUGGAGCGGACAGAACCCUCGCCGCCCCCUUCAGCUCCCCGGGAGCCUGAGGAGGGGCUGCCCUGCCCCGGCUGCUGCCUCGGCCCCUUCAGCUUUGGCUUCCUGUCCAUGUGCCCCCGCCCCACACCAGCUGUGGCCCGCUACCGCAACCUGAACUGUGAGGCAGGCAGUCUCCUCUGCCACCGAGGGCACCACGCCAAGCCACCCACCCCCAGCCUGCAGCUGCCCGGGGCACGCUCUUAGCAGUGGGGCCUGUGGUCUCUGGCUUCCACCUUGGCCUUCAAGAUGCCCCAUGAAGACAGCGAGCACAUGCUGGCCCACGCCAGCCCUGGAUGGGCUGAGCAGCUCUUGCCCCUGUACAGGGGAGGCUCAACAUGGACGUGAGGAACAGAACAUUUCCUUUCCAACCCCUGGGCUUGCUCUCCCGUGGGGAUCACUGAACCAGACAAUGCAUUGCUGACACACGAGACUAACACGUGCAAAUUAUUUAAAAAUAUUUCAAUAAAACUGCCUGGCUGGCUCCGGGCUGCCCCCAUCCGC